AUGUCGACCUGGUUAGCGGCAGUGACAAGCAGUGAAAAAGCGAGCGAACCGCGUGAGCCCGCGAGCCCUUCGGAAACCCUCCCGUCGGAGGAGAUAGAAUCUAGUCCCGUCGGCUCCCUUGGCCGAGUCAGCCAGGAGGAGGCUUUUGAAGCCGCGACACCAAAGAAGCAGUAUAAGGAAUCGGAAAAAGACAGCGGGCCAGAGGAGCUCCAGCAGGAGGAGGGCGCAAGUGGUUGUGUUCCCUGUGGGAGCCGGGUCGAGCGAGGGGAGUGCUGUUUGUGUGCGUCCGCCGCGAGUGCAGGCGAGAGGCCAGGCGGCUAUAUAGUGGAGUGCCAGGACAGAGGCACUGUGGUGCCGGAAAUUGCCAAAGACUCGUCGCUGGAAGGGGACUUCGACUCGAUUACGCUCGAGGACGUUGCUGCCGAUGCUGUUCGGGAAAGCGUUGCUGAAGGUCAGCCUGUGGUCAGCAGCGAUAUCCUUGAUGUCCCGACGGAAUUCGCUGACGAUCUUGCACUGGCUUGCACAAACGAGGAAGUACCUGGCGUGAGUGCAGGGGAGGCAGGGGCGACAGACGAGUUCCCGCCACCUACCGAAGGAGACGCAGACAUAUCAUCUUCCUCGCUAGUGGCACCAGCAGAGGUCGAGGAGGCGGCAGAGUUGGCGGAGACUGCCUUGGGGAAUCUCCAAGAGGAGGCCACUCGCACCGACGACGAGUGUUUAACAAGUGUUGCUGUGCAGGACUCGCUAAGCUUCCGUGUGGGUGCGGGAGAAGCUGACGAAGUGAAUGAAGUGAACGGUGGCAGAGCAGAAGAACCGAUCGUUGAAGUUGUCGUGAGCACGGCCGAGGAAACUGAAGCGAAUAUUAUUGCGAAAGAGUGUGAAGUGAGAGGAGAAGAGGCGAGUGGCGAUCACGACGCAGGUGGCGGUGAUAAUGAACUUAUCAGGGGAAGUGAUAAGUGCGGCGAAGUGAGCGAGCGUGACCGGGAUGAGAUAGGGCGCGAGGAAUCCCCGGAUGAGUGCGCUGGCGAAGGCGAGGGCGAAGAAGAGAGGCGAGGGAAUAACGAUGAGGUCUUGGAAAGUCUCUUGAUGUUGAGAAGUGCAAAUAGUGUGGAGUGUGAUGAGGAGUGGAGUGCUGUUGACUUAGUCGUGAGUGAAGCGAGAGGUGACCAAAGUUCUCAAGAAAAAGUGGUAAAAGUCAGUGUUAAAGUGAUUGAAGAGAAUUCUUCCCAAAGGGAAGCCAGUGCUGAUUUAAAAGCUGAAAAUCCGCCGCGUGCCGACUCGUCCGCAGCUGAGGCUUGCGCCGAAGCUCCCAAAGCGACCAUGAGCGACUCGAGUAACCGCGACUCCGGCACGAGUUACUUGAGCGAGGGCGAGGACAGCGACGACGACACCCUGGAGGGGCGCAACAGCGACGGCGACGCCAUGAUGGUGAGCAGCACGGACGAGGGUAGCAACGGGAGCGGCGGCAGCUCCGGCGGCGGCACGGGCGGCACGGGCGGCAGCGAGGCCUUCAGCAAGUCGCACCGGCGGGAGGACAGCGGUGUGGAGGUGGGCCUCGAGGCGCCCUCGCAGCUCCUGUACGGCCCGGUCACGCCACCCCGGCAGCGCCACGCCUCGUGCGACACACAGUCGGAGGCCGACCCCAACGACACGACGCUGACGGGGCCAGAGGGCGGCAGCGAGGCCUCCGAGGCCGAGGACGGCGGCGAGGGGACCCUGAGGUUCCGCCGCAGCCGCAGCCACCAGUUCCGCAUGGGGCGGAGGUUCAGCAGCGGACACAAGAUGAUGGAGAAGGUGCGGAAGGCCGUGCACUUCGGCCGCAAGACGCUGCUCGACGACUCCGCCAUCGACGUCCACAACACCAAGCACGACGCCAACAACGCAGCAAGGUAA